AUGCUCCUUUUACUACUCCUCGUCGGCACCGCUGUCGCACAGAACCCUCUGACAAAAGCAUGGAAUGAGGCAGUGCCGGGAGUUCAGCCGUUCUGGGAGAAGUAUCAGACGGGGCCACACGGAGUUGUGAUUAGAGGAUGGCAGUUUUCGAGAUGUGCUAGUGAACAGUGGACCAACUACGUCGUCAAUGUCUCCAACAUCGUCAUCUGGCCAGACUACCCACGUUUCCCGGGGCCAAUUUUCUUCAACGUCACCAUGGAUGUCUCCGAAGACCUUCCAUUAGACAAGAUCGAAAUGGACUUGGAAGUCCGUCACGCAGUCACCAACAAGCAAGGAUCCAAGGGAUGGCAAGUCAUUCCAUGCCAAGGAUGGAACAUCAUCGAUGGGUGUGACGGAGUUGGGUCUUGCCGCUACUGUGACAUGCUCGACAAGUGUAACGAGGCUGUGUCAGGUGCCCACAAGUAUGUGAAGGACCGUAAAGCUCUUGACUUCUUGAAACAAAACAAGCUGUGCCCACCACCAAAGGGACACUGGACUAUGACUUUCUCCAAGGUGUUCAGUUCAGAGGAUCUUCCGAAAUCCUUCUUCGGACCACUCCAAUCGAACGAAUACUGGCUAACAUUCUCGUUCACCGACGGAAAGGACAAGAAGUUGGGAUGCGCCCGUUUGUGGGUGGACGUUUGCAAGUACCAUCUCCAGGACAAGUCGCAAAAGUGUCUCCGCGACCCGAACGCCUUCAAGAACUUUAUCAAUGAAAUCUCAUCACAAGCUGAACAGAUUCGCUCUAGAACUGGAAAAUAA